AUGAGUUCAAAGGAUCAGAUAUUGGAGAAAGAUAAAAAGGAGACAGAUGAUAAUGGCAAUAAAAAGACAACAACAACAACUUCAUCAUCAUCAUCAUCAUCAUCAUCAUCAAAACCAAGAUCAAAUAAAUUUGAUAAAGUAAUCAUUAAAUCAAAUGGAGUUUGUUAUAUAACAGAGGGGGUAAUUGGAAAUGGCUCAUUUGGUGUCGUCACUCAAGCAAUUGUGGCUGAUACCAAAGAGGUUGUAGCAAUAAAAAAGGUUUUACAAGACCAAAGAUACAAGAAUCGAGAAUUACAAAUCAUGAAGAUGUUAAAUCAUAUAAAUAUAGUUUCAUUAAAAAAUAGUUUCUACACAUCAGAUAAUGAUGAAGUUUAUUUAAAUUUAGUAUUGGAAUAUGUGCCAGAUACAGUUUACAGAGUUUCAAGACACUAUAGUAUGUCUAAACAACCUGUUCCAAACAUUUUUGUAAAGUUAUAUAUAUAUCAAUUGUGUAGAUCAAUAAACUACAUUCAUUCACUUGGAAUUUGUCAUAGAGAUAUUAAACCUCAAAAUUUAUUGUUGGAUACAUCAACCAGUACAUUAAAACUUUGCGAUUUUGGAAGUGCAAAGAUAUUAAUUAAAGGAGAAACUAAUGUUUCUUAUAUUUGUUCAAGACAUUAUCGUGCACCAGAAUUAAUUUUUGGAUCAACAAACUAUACUACAACUAUUGAUGUUUGGUCAUUAGGAUGUGUUUUGGCAGAAUUAUUAUUGGGUCAACCGUUAUUCCCUGGUGAGAAUGGUAUUGACCAAUUGGUAGAGAUUAUAAAGGUAUUGGGUACACCAACCAAAGAACAAAUUCAUGCAAUGAAUCCAUAUUAUACCUCAUUUAAAUUCCCAGAGAUCAAAGCAAACCCAUGGCCAAGAGUAUUCAAAGCUAAGGAUGUACCGGCCGAAUCAAUUGAUUUAAUCUCAAAAAUCUUACUUUAUGAUCCAUCCUCAAGAUUAAAGCCAGUUGAAAUUUGUGCACAUCCAUUCUUUGAUGAAUUAAGAGAUCCAAAGACAUGUCUUCCAGAUGGUAAACCUUUACCACCCCUCUUCAACUUUACAAUCGCAGAACAAACUUCAAUCGGUCCAAAACUAGCCAAAACAUUAAUUCCAUCACAUGCUAUGAAUCAAAUUGAAUUGCCAUCACCUUUAUUCCCAAAUUUGGCAAUCUCUUCUUCUAAUCAAUCCUCCUCUUCAAAUUCAAAUGCAAAUGUGUCAUCAAAUUUAAAUUCUCAUUCUGCUUCACCUUCAACUACCUCCUCCUCUUCUUCUACUCCAAAUUCAAUUCCUGUUCAAUCACCUUCUACAACCAACACUACUUCAUCAACAACUAACAACACAACCACAACUACAACAACAACAACUACUUCAAAUCAUUAA